AUGAGACUGGGGAGGCUAAUCUCGUCUUUUCUGUGUUUCUUAUUAUGCUGUGCAGUAGAUGCUCUUCACCCUAUUUAUUCACAAAUACAAGCCAAGUCGAUGCCAACGAACGGGAGGAAAGAGCCGCUCAAAGUGCAUAUUGGAUUCUAUGUUGAGAGCCUUGGAAAUUUUAGGUCCACGGAAAUGACUUUUGAUAUGGAUCUGUAUCUCUACAUGACUUGGCAAGACACUCGCAUGAGACACAAUGGCAACGAUUGGGUGCUGAUAGACGAUAAGUCCGUAUUAAACCAAAUUUGGUUGCCCGACCUCUACUUUGCCAAUGCCAGAACAGCUUACUUUCAUGAGGUUACUGUACAUAACUUCAAUAUGUUCAUCUCACCCAAUGGUACUAUAGCCUAUGGCACAAGGGUUACACUUAACCUCGGUGAGUAG